CGUCAUGGGAGGCUGUGGCGGUAUAUAGGAGAUGAGUGCGCGCAUCUUUCCGUUGUAUUUUGAAUUGUGAGGUCUUUCUUGUGUGACAAAAAUAUUGCAGUAGCUUUUUGAAGAUGCUACGUUUCGGAACUUUUUUGGCGGUUGCCGUGGUGCUAACCGCGGCCGCACCUCCAGGUGGCGACUCCAACAAUUUCAUAGCGCUGGACAUCUCCCCCGAGGAGGCCCAGCAGUACCUGAACAACCUUCCCUUCGCGGAACCCAAGCUGUCUAAUCGCAUUGCUACAUUGCCUUUGGUUAGGUACGACGACCCUAGGUUUCGCUCGGCCGAAGCCGGCCCCACACUCGGCCACUACUGGAGAAAUGGUCACGAAAUCGAAAACCCUGAGGACUUCGUCGAAGAGGUAUAUAACGCAGUUCAAUACCACGGUCAAGACGGCCUAGGCGCUUACGCAUACGGCUAUGAGACCCCCGAGUCCGCGAAGGUCGAGAACAGGGUCCGUUCUGGUGACGUCACUGGCUCCUACACCUUCAAGGGCGAGAACGACGAACUUAUCAAGGUCCGCUACUGGUCGGACGGCGAAGGCUUCCACCAGGAGGACAACAUCCCCAAGGUGGUCCUGAAGCCAGUGGAAGAGGCUGAGGACGUGAGACAAGCUCGCCUCGCCCACGAGAAAGCCUGGCAGGAGGCCGCCGCUGCUGCUCGCCAGAACCCUGACCCACUGGGAGAGUACUACAACAACUACAACAACAAGCAGUACGACUACCAGCCAGCGGCGUCCGAGCUGAGCGACUCCGUGGUCGCAGCCCCCGGCCAGGCGCGCGAGGGCAAGGCAUACUACAACCCUCAGGGCCAGCCGCCGUCCUACCCAUCCUCGCCUAAACCCGACAAGUAUGAAGAACCUGAACCCACUGGUCCCCCACGUGGAUUCUUCUACAAAAUAGAAUACCCCGUGUCCAUCAACGUCCCCAAGAACCCUGAAAACAAUGUCCCCAGUAACUACGGCAAAGCUGUACCUCUCUAAGCUUCUAGCCUAAGAUUUGACGACAUCUUUGUUAAACUGGAUUUAGAAAGUAUUCUCGAACUAGUAAAGGAAUUCAACCAACAUACAGAUACAAUAGCUUCAAGAAAUAGGUAAUUUCGUAACAAUAUGAUGCGUGGCGAUAUUAGUAUAUUGAUAAAUUGAAUCAUAUUUUGAUACUAGGUAAUGUCGGAAAAAAUACCUGAGUACGGAACCCUCGGUGCGCGAGUCUGACUCGCACUUGGUCGGUUUUAAUUGGAAUAAAAACUCGAUUUAAUUUAUUGAUGUCCGACAAAAGUUAAUAGUUUUACUUACCUAUUUUAAAGCGAUACUUGAAUCUGUAUUUGGGACUGUUAUCGAUUUCUAAUGAUGUUAUAAAAGGUAGUAAUAUCCGUUGCCAUUUUAGUUAAGUAGGAUAAGAUAGCAAUUUGUAAACUAUUCUGUAAGUACCCACUUUUACUUAUAACACAAUGAAAGUUAAUCAUAAAGCAGUCACUAUUCAUGAAACUGAUCCGAAUUUUAUAUAAUAUCAAUGAUAUUAAAAUAUAAUACCUAUUGAUAGCAAAAAUUGUAAUUAGAUUAAACCAGACUGGAGGUUUAAAAGUGUAACUUUUAACAAUAUUUUGAAUUAUCGAAAUAUUUAUCACAACUGCUAACUUUUUAUCAUUUUUACAACAGGUUCUUUUUCAAGAUUUAAACAAAUUGUAAAGAAAAAGUUAAACUCUUGAACCCAGUCUUGGUUAAUUAUUAUUAAUCUUAUAGUAUUUUAAAACUUCGGUAUAAAUAAGUCUUGUCAAAAUUUAUGUGAUCAGGAAUCAGGAAUUAACUGUUGUAAGUACCUAUAAGAUUUUUA